GCAUCACCAGCAUUCUUUGGCAGAUAGACUAAAGGCCUAGUAAAACUACAAUUUCCAGGAUUUCACAGCAUUGAACCAUGGCAGGCAAAGUAGUGUCAAACUGCAUUAAUUCCACAGUGUAGAUGCACCAUUGAUUACAUAGCACAAUAACAUCAUUCAUUAACUUUUGGAAGUACAGUAGAGUCUCACUUAUCCAACACUCGUUUAUCCAACAUUCUGGAUUAUCCAACGCAUUUUUGUAGUCAAUGUUUUCAAUACAUCGUGAUAUUUUGGUGCUAAAUUCGUAAAUACAGUAAUUACUACAUAGCAUUACUGCGUAUUGAACUACUUUUUCUGUCAAUUUUGUUGUAUAUCAUGAUGUUUUGGUGCUUAAUUUGUAAAAUCAUAACCUAAUUUUAAUUUAAUAGGCUUUUCCUUAAUCCCUCCUUAUUAUCCAACAUAUUCGCUUAUCCAACAUUCUGCCGGCCCGUUUAUGUUGGAUAAGUGAGACUCUACUGUAACUACUAUUCUCAUAGUAGUGUAUUCAUAAGGGAAGGCAAAUGGAUUUUCUGAGUGCCCAUCCUUCACAUAAUAUAGCACUCUACUAUCUUGAUGUGAGCUAUUUGUCUCAUAAUGAAAAGAAUUUUGGAAUAGCUUGGUCUCCAAAGAAGCAUCAGACCCAUUAUUUUGAUGAAAGACCUGCUCUGGAUGGUGAUUUUCCUGAGCUGGAUCAAAAAAGGUUCUUAUAUUUUUGGACCCACCUUAAGAUUGACACAAUGGGUGCUAUUAUCAUGCUACUUUCUCUACUAACAUGUCCUAAUUCACAUGAACGGAUUCCUCCAUGCUUCCUUGCAACUUGACAAGAACAAAUAAAUAUUGGAAGAAUGAGAAAUCAUUUUUAUGUCUAAGGGAAUGUCCUUUCCACCUUUCUGUCCUUUUUACCCCUUGGCUGUAAACAAGGUCAGAGUUUUGGAAUUCCCUCCCAAUAUAAACAGCAAAAGUCUUGCUUACUCAUCAUUGUUCCUGAGCAGUUGAAGAAGACAGAGCAAGUGGAGUACUUGGAAGGGACAGAAGAAGGUUCUCAAGAAGAAAAUGACUGUCUCAAUCGCUUUGUUUGCACUCUUUUGUGUUCUGCCAUUCACCUUCUCCAGUUCUGUCAUUCAUUACACAAGUUCCAUGGGGAUAUGUGGGGAUAAAUGUGAUUAUCAUGGCUAUAAAUACACUUGGUGCAAACAACAUGGUGGAAAUGGGAAAGAUUGGGACUAUUGCUCCUUAGAGGAAGGUUUGGCUUCUUCAGGCAAAAAAUGUUCCACAUCUUGUGAUUCUUUUGGGGGCUCCUACCGUUACUGCUACCUUGAAGAUGGAGGAUGGGAUUACUGUGGAUUGCACAAGAUGCAGGAUUUCCUUGAAUACUCCCAGGGGAAUCACAUCUGUCUCAAGAACUGCAGAGCAACUCAAGGUUCUUUCCAUUGUGAAACGAUCUAUGGUCUUCAACGCUGCUCUCCAUUCCAUGACAUAACUCCUACUGGCUUGCCUUGCCACAACAACUACCGUUGCGCUAAAUAUGGACACUCCUCAUAUCGCUGCCUCAUUGAUGACAACAAAUCCAUGUGGGACCAUUGCGGACAGAAAAGCUUGGAUGGGUGUGUUUGGGUUUCCUAUGAGAGCAAUUCUUCCCAAGUAGAGGUCUGCACACUUUCCAACACCCUGAAGGAAGGCAAGGUCAUCUUCCGCAGGGAAAGGCGGGACAACAUGCUCCCUCCUACCAAGGAGGAAUUCAAAAAUGCUGUCCACCUUAUUGAUAAAAUCAUGUCAGUCACAAGUCACCCUGAUUCUGGUCCUCAGGGAACCAUUAAUUUCCAUAAGCAGGAAGAUAUAUUCUGCAAGGGCAUCAAUUAUACCAGUGUGGAACUGCACAUAAAAUUAUCCGAUGAAACCACCGAGCCCAUUGCACAUGUUGUUUUCCCAGCAUUCCUGAACUCUGCUCAUCUUUUGCGCCUAGCAUUUUACACUAGUCUCCACAGCACUUUUCAUCCACCUGCCUAUACCAUUGCUGUGUCUUUUGAUGAGCCAAUGUUAUGUUCUACUGACCAUCAGUAACCUUUGGCCUGAUUAUCUGGUUUGUAUAUCUUAUAGUAAUUUGUAUUUGACAUCUAUGCAGUUGCUGCUUUGCCAUACUGUACUGUCAUCGCUGUAUUUACCAAUAUUUGUGGAUGCUUUCACUUCCCUUCCCCUUACCGCAAUGUUAUGUGCAGUGUUAAAUCUUUCAGUUGUUGGGCUAGGUCCAACUGCAGUUGUCAUCAAGUAACAAUCUUCAGUUAUGUUCAUAAGUAUGAACUACUGACACCUGUAGCUAUGCUCAAAAAAGAGUAUAUAGUAUAAUGCAUACAGUGAGACCUUUUACGAUUUCCCCAGCUUUGGAGGGUAUCCUUUGUAAUCGCUUCUCAUGAAAACUACCUGAUAUUAAUGGAAUUAAUAAAAACUUACUAUUGCAAUAUGAAA